GAGCACUUACUGCCGUGUCAGGCAGGAAUUGUUCUGGGAAAGUGUGAGAAUUUGUAUGUGUCAGUGCGGGCUGGUUCUUGAGUUGGUGGCUUAGUAACCACGAGUACGCCCUUGGUUGCUUUGAGCAAGUUCCGUGAAUAUAAAAAGGACGACAAAAUGGCGGCUGCACUCUCAAGUUUAAGGGAGGACAUCUGUGAAGACCUGACCUGCAGCAUCUGCCUGGAGCUGUUCACCAGGCCCAAGAUGCUGCCCUGUCAGCACACCUUCUGUCAGGACUGCAUACAGCACCUUGUAGGAGGUGGAAUCUUCUUCCUAUGCCCGUACUGUCGCCAGCUGACCAGGAUACCAGCCCAGGGGGUCCCAGGUUUGCCAGACAACCGCAUGGCUUCAAGUCUGUGCAGGAAACUUAAACGGCAGUUGGGAGAAAUUCGGCCUGGACACUCUGGGUCUAUCUUAGCAGGAACGUCACGUAACGUUGCAGCACUGGACGCAGGACAACGUCACGGGAACCAACAGCAAACAGAGCCUUCAAGGAUAAUGAUUGGUGGGGAGGGAUCGAGGAAAGGGGAGUUUCGGUGUGCCGUUGGUGUCGCAGUGUCAGAUGAAGGGGAGAUCUUUGUAGCAGACCAUCGGAACCAGAGAAUCCAAGUCUUCACCCUGCGGGGGGCAUUCGUUCGGCAGUUCCCAACGGUCGUGCCCGAUGAAGAGACGAUGAUGAAUCCUGACGAUGUGGCCUUGGACGGGGAGGGGAACCUGUGGGUGGUGGGGAAACAGUUUGUGGUAGAGAAGCCAGACUCCACUGGCUUUGCUGUGCGGUACACAAAACAGGGCAUUGUGCAGGAGAAGUUUGACCUACUAGGCAUCAGGUGGUACAGAGGAGUUGCCGUGGACACCAGGAGGAACCACAUCCUCAUCACACAAACCGUAGGAGAUUGGGACAACCAGGACAAGCUAUGUGGUGAAGUGCACGUGUUUCGUGCAGAUGGAACACUUGUAGGAACUGUUGGCGCUCAUAACUCGUGGUGGGGCUAUCUGUUUAGACGCCAGAGGUUGAAGUACCCAGCGUUCCUUACUGUGGAUGGGGACGGAAACGUGUUCGUGACAGACUGUGAGAACCACUGCGUGUUUGUGUACAACGAGGACGGACAGUUUCUGUUCCAGUUCGGAGGCGAAGGAAGCGGUGACGGCCAACUCAACGAUCCCCAGGGCAUAUGUACAGACAGUGCGGGGAACAUCGUCGUGGCAGACAUGGGAAACGGGCGUGUGGAGAUGUUUGACAAGACAGGCAAAUUCCUGCGACACGUCGCCACGGAUGCGCAGCGCCCCCUGGCCGUUGCCAUGGCAACACAGGGUCAGCUGGUGGUUACAGAUAUGCAUCAUGACAUAGUCACCAUAUUUGGUAACUACUAAACCUGAUAUUUGUUCAAUCUUUGUAUUGUAUAUGAAUGUAUGUGCUCACGACAUCAGCCUGCUGUGUCCACAUUAUAUUGUUUGUUGAAUAUUGCAAUUUGAAUAAAGUCGCAUGUCGCGUGGGUGAAUAAAGUCAAAGUCAAGGGUAAACUUGGUCGGAGCAAUUGUUUGGACAAUGGACAGCUUUAGUGCCUCUUUUGGGAAAAAAAAUGCAAAAUUGGUUCCAACAGAAGACGCCCCCAAAAUAGGCAAUCUUGUAAUUUUACUACCCAAAAUAUGUAUUUAUGAAAGUUUACUUUCAUUCGUUUCUAAAUUAUAUUAACUUUUUCCACAAAGUGGAGUAUUCUAUUGCAACAAGGAGUGGAAAACACCGGGGCAAAUGGGGAAAGUUAUGCUCUUGAUGGUAAUAUAUCAUUUCUUAACUUUUUUUAUGUAUUAUUCUUAUUUCAUUACUUGUGGAUGGGUGGUUCACUGUCCAAUUCAUUUCUUUUGAUUUAUGAAUAAAAUGUUUAAAAAACAACUUACAACGAAGCCAGACAACAAUUACCAAUCUCUGCCAUGUCAGGGCUCACAGUGACAGAUUUGUGGCACUUCCAUGUAUAACAGGUGCCAGCAUCGUCACACAUCAUUGCCCAUUUCUCUAAGGGACCAAUAUUUUUUUAUAAGGCCACAGCAAGUAGAUUUUAUGGAUGACAUACGCGCGCUCAUUGAUUUUCGCCUCAUUUCAGAAAAAAAAGAUUUUCUUCUUCAGGGAUCGUCAGAUAGACCAAUAUGGGUGUUGUAACCUAAUAAGUGUAUGUAGAAUUGACACUAGAGAGGUAACCAUGAUUGUAGUUCCAGAAGUGAAACUUGCUGGAUAGUUGUAAAUGUGGCACCAAUAAGGAAGCCAUGAAUGUAGUUGCCAACAUGCUUAGUCAUACCAGUCCACCACACUAGUGUCACCUUUACUAGACUAAUUCACACCUUGAAUACAGGAAUGAAUGUCUUGUUGGUUGUGAUGCUAUAGUUUGUCACUUUAAAUCUUGUAACUUUAUUAUCUACUUUGAAAACUUGUUUUAUUAUACCCAUCGUUUUUUUUCGCCUUUUCUCAUUAUUUUUGCAGUCUGCAGAGGAUGUUAUCCAUAAAAUUGACUUGCUGUGGCCUAAAAUAGCAUUGUUUGAAAGUAAUGCGCAAGUUAAUUUCAUCCGUGUAUACCUUUAUGUUGGAAGAAGGUUUAUCA